UUAGGGUCUCUUUUAGCGUUAGUGAUCCAAAACUUGCAAACUCUUAUGGUCCUCUGUCCGAUCCAUAUAUUACUUGAAAAAAGAGAAUGAAGAAAGGAGACAGCACAGCUCACACCAGUAGUCGAUCCCUGGCAUAGCGCGCGUGGAGAGUGCGAAGCUUGUUGUUGUUGCCUGUUGCUUUUGCCUUUGGAAACGAAAUUGGCUUUGGGUUGAUGAUGGUGACAGAUACAGAGAUAGAAUGUUGAAUUGAAUGUGGUGGAUUUCUCUCAGGCCCUCUCUCCGUCACUCCCUCAGCCCUCUGCCCUAAUUCGUAUAAACCCUAACCACUAACCAAGUUGCGGUGCAUGGAUGAGCUGGAAGAUUACCGCUAAAAAUUGAAGUCCCGAAUUAUGCUGCUGCUGGGUGGUGAUAUAAGAAUAUUAGUAGUUAACUAUUAAAUAAACAGGCUUUGGUCUUUUUUUUUCUUUUGAGUAAUAUCAUUAAUAAAAAAAGAAUGUAUGGGAGAGGUGGUCUUGAUAGAUUCAAAAAAGCUCAAUACUUGGAACCUUUCUCUGUCUCGCUAAAUUCUGCCCCCAAAACCACGCCCAAAGCUGCUCAAGUUCAACAAGUUUCACAUUCUCAAAAUGCAGUUGCUCAGCCUCAGCAGGAGGAGCACGCUCAGUCUCAGCCAGCCACUCAGCUUGGGGGCGGUCAAUCCACCUGGCAGCCUCCUGAUUGGGCCAUUGAGCCUCGCCCUGGUGUCUACUAUCUUGAAGUUCUGAAGGAAGGACAGGUGCUUGAUCGCAUUAAUCUCGAUAGAAGCAGGCACAUCUUUGGCAGGCAAUAUCAUACUUGCGAUUUUGUGCUUGAUCAUCAGUCUGUUUCACGACAGCAUGCUGCUGUCAUUCCCCACAAGAAUGGCAGUAUAUAUGUCAUUGAUUUGGGAUCAGCACAUGGAACAUUUGUUGCAAAUGAGCGAUUGACGAAAGAUACACCUGUUGAGCUUGAAGUAGGGCAAUCUUUGCGUUUUGCUGCAUCAACUAGAACUUAUAUCUUAAGGAAGGAUAAUGCAGCUCUAUUUCCUCGUCCUCCACCCCCAACUGAGAUAAAUCUACCUCCACCGCCUGAUCCUUCUGAUGAAGAUGCUGUUGUAGCUUAUAAUACACUUAUAAAUCGUUAUGGCUUGAGUAAAUCUGACCUGCUACCCAAAUCCAUCUCAUCAGCUGGAAGAGAAGACAGCACAGAGACAGAGAGAGCCACUAAGAGAACGAGGAAACUAAAAGUGACCUUCAGGGAUCAGGCUGGGGGAGAGCUGGUUGAAGUUGUUGGAAUUUCAGAUGGUGCAGAUGUAGAAACAGAACCUGGGCCUGUAGGUGUGAAAGAAGGAAGUCUUGUUGGAAAAUAUGAAUCUCUUGUACAGACGACAGUAAUUCCUAAAGGCAAGGAUUUAUCAUCUGUAAAGGAAGACAAUGUUUAUCAGAAAGGUGUAACUGAAAAACUGCAAGAGGUCUUGAACAAAGUAAAGAAUGCUCCAAAAGGUGGGAUUUACGAUGAUCUUUACGGAGAAUCUUUAUCUGACAAAGUGGGUUCUUCCUGGGCAUACGCCUCUGUUGGUUCUGCUGUUGGACAAGGCUUGGCUUCUCAUACAAAAGAUGCUACUAUAGGAAAGGCUGUUGAUGUCUCAAGCGGAAAACCUGGAAGUAACUCUGGCCCUUAUGAUGAUAGUGAAGAUGAUUUGUUUGGUGACUGAUUGAAUGAAGCUGAAAUGUAUUGCAACUCGCAUCAUUGUCUCACUUUGGGUUUGACAAAAUGACAGAAAAUAAGUUCUCUCUGGACAUAGCAAGAUAUUAUUGACUCCGAAGUUGGAGAAAUUUUGUUGUAAUUUAUUGACUAAAGUUUCUUUGUAUAAUGGACUGUCAACCUGUGAUUGGGGAUUUAAAAGCCCAUGUUAUCCUUGGAAGAAAAUGGAAAGACAAUUAGUUCUAGCAACACUUUAAUCCUGUGGUAUAUCUAUUAAUGCUGAAAUGUUUGCUGUCGUUCUCGAAGAAUAAUGUCUUGUGGUGUUUGGCUCAAGAUAGAAGCCAUUUAAGCACGCCGAUCGUCCUACAUUUUUGCUUUUGCUCUUUCUCUUUUAACUUUUUUUUAUGGCCCGAGUCAUAUUUUGGUGCGUUUGGUGAACACAGAGGAUCUUUUGGUCUUUGUCUUCGGCUUUCUAGAGUAUGAAUUCUCUAACGCCUGCCCGUUUCUCUGUUUGAUGUAGGUAUUGCUAUGAUACAUUUCCUCAUUUUGCUCUUACACGGUUGUCACUUGUAAGUUAAAAGUCUAAUGAUGUAGUAAUUUAUGGCAAAUGUUACUUUUAAUUCAAGUGGUGCUCUUUUAUCAUUAGAAUAGAACAAAUGUAGAACCAAACAAUUAUCCAGGAGUGUGCAGUGGGCGGGUAGCUUAGGGUUCAGAUUGGGCCCAACAAAGCCCGGUGGGGGUGGUUCUUGCAAUAAUGCAAUGAUACUGAUUCCCCAAUCUCAACUAACAUUUGUUUUCUUGUUAAGGAAUCCUUGAAAAAAAGUAAUUUAGCAAAAAAAAGUUUAUUGCUGAGUCCACGUAAACAAAAAGGAAACAGGAUAUGUAUCGUGUUAAGAGGAGAUGUUGGGGCCAGCCAGCCAACUGAGGAUGGUAUGCAUAUUCUAAAACUUUUACAUGGAUUUA